UCCUAACCCUAAAUUUUUUCCUUCAACAGCUGCCCCACCAUUGUUCGAGCUCCUUCUCUUCUCCGUCUCCGUUCCGAUCAUCGCCGUCGCCAUCCGUCACUCUCCGAUCGUUUCUCAAUCAUGCUCAAUAUCGCGACUACCUUUUGCAAGCGACUGAAUGUCAAGGAUCUGGUUACCAAUGUUCCUGUAUAUAGUAGUUUUAUCGAUGGAUCUGCGGGUGGAUUAAGCUUGUUAUUCAGACGUUGGGCUACAAAGAAGACCGCUGGAUCGACUAAAAAUGGACGAGACUCGAAACCUAAGAAUCUUGGGGUGAAGAAAUUUGGUGGUGAGAGAGUUAUUCCUGGUAACAUUAUUGUUCGUCAACGGGGCACUCGUUUUCAUCCUGGAGAUUAUGUUGGAAUAGGGAAGGAUCAUACUCUGUUUGCUCUGAAAGAAGGCUGUGUGAAGUUCGAAAAGCACAAGCUGAGCGGACGGAAGUGGGUGCACAUUAUACCGAAGGAAGGACACGUUCUUCACCCUGUUUAUGCCACUACUGACAUUUCUCCAGAAUUGAAGACAGCAACAUGAUAAUUGAAUUCAUUGAUGAACAUGAACAUGAACAUGAACAUGAACAUGAUCAUGAUCAUGAAAAUGGUAUAAAUUUUCCUACCUUUUUGGUGUUUCAUAGCAAAUUCUGACUAAACUUGAUCGCUUGGUGAACGGAUGUAGGCGGUCUGUUUGAGUGCAUGUUCUUAAUGUUGAUCGAGCAGGUCUGAUUUCCUCUGCUUUCGAAUGCCACUUUGGCUAUUCUGAUGACAGUGAAGAAAUAAUUUUCUUUGUAAUUAACUUCUAUGUUUGUGGAUUAGAAAGAUUAUGAACAUUCAUCUUUGUGGUUUAUUUAUGGGUUCUUUUUAAUCAUUGAUCCA